CCUUCGAAGGCAAAGUGAAGUGAUCAUUUGGCUAAAACCUUGGUCUUGCUUGCUGAUUCCACCUGACUGAUGCCAUCGUUGAAAGACAAAUAGGAACACAUGGAGAAUGUGACUUUCAGGGAAUGAAUAAGACUGUAAGCUUCAUAAGGGCAGAGACCCUGCAGUGACUCCAGUUCCUGGACAGCAUUGUGCACAUGCUGGGCAAACAUUUCACCUUCUAGAGCAACAACAGAGCGUAGAGGCUAUUCAUGACCAGGACAUGCUCAUCCAAUGAAACUUCACAUCCCGUCUCAGAGUUACAGUAGAGGCAUUUGAUCUCAUCAAGGGGGCCAGAGGACAAUUCGCUAAAGAAGUAUUGAUUGAGCUGAGUUCCCAGAUGCAUGGUCACGGAGGCUAUGACUCUGAUUUUAGUGAUGAUGAACAUGGUGGAGAAUCUAACAAAAGGAAAAAAAGGACAGUUGAAGAUGAUUUACUGCUCAAAAAGCCAUUUCAGAAAGAAAAACAUGGAAAAGUGGCCCAUAAACAAGUUGCAGCAGAAUUGCUGGAUAGGGAAGAAGCAAGAAAUAGAAGGUUUCACCUUAUAGCUAUGGAUGCUUAUCAAAGACACACAAAAUUUGUAAAUGACUAUAUUUUAUACUAUGGUGGCAAAAAAGAAGACUUCAGGCGAUUGGGGGAAAAUGACAAGACAGACAUGGAUGUUAUACGAGAAAAUCAUAGAUUCUUAUGGAAUGAGGAGGAUGAAAUGGACAUGAAUUGGGAGAAGAAACUUGCAAAGAAAUACUAUGAUAAAUUAUUCAAGGAAUACUGCAUAGCAGAUCUCAGUAGAUACAAAGAAAAUAAGUUUGGAUUUAGGUGGCGAGUAGAAAAAGAAGUAAUUUCAGGAAAAGGCCAGUUUUUCUGUGGAAAUAAAUGUUGUGAUAAAAAAGAUGACUUGAAGAGUUGGGAAGUUAAUUUUGGUUAUAUUGAGCAUGGUGAAAAGAGAAAUGCACUUGUUAAAUUAAGAUUAUGCCAAGAAUGUUCCUUUAAAUUAAAUUUUCAUCACAGGAGAAAAGAAAUUAAGUCAAAAAAAAGAAAGGAUAAAACCAAAAAAGAUUGUGAAGAGUCAUCGCGUAAAAAAUCCAGAUUAUCUUCUGCAGAAGAGACCUCUAAGAAAAAGGAAAAAGGGCAUUCAUCCUCAAAGAAAUCAGAAAAUUCUGUAAACAGAAAUUCUGAUGAAGAAGAAGGUACUUCAGAAUCUGAACUUUGGAAGGGCCCCCUACCAGAAACAGAUGAAAAAUCACAAGAAGAAGAAUUUGAUGACUAUUUCCAAGAUUUAUUUCUGUGAGAUGGAAGAGAGAAGGCCACAUUCCUUACUGUGAAAGUACACUCUGAAACUCUUCACAAAAAUUUUAUCUACAAGUUGCAGCUUGAGUGGUUUAUCUUCAGAAAUAAAAAUCCAACUACUUUCAAGA